AUGGGAAAGAGUCAGCAUAGCUCAAACUCCAAGUGUUUCUGCAAGAAAAUCUUCAGCGUUACCUGCCCGGUUUGUAAACUGGCACAAACUCAUGUUUCAGCACAGGAGAAAAGCAAGGUUAAGGCAGAGAUGCCUCCACCGACAAAGAUUCUUGCCGAGCCGAUUCAUGUCAAGGCUAAUUCAAAAGUUGAGAAGCAAAAUCCCAAACUUGAGGCACAACUUACAAAAUCAAAUAGGACAGCAAGUUUGGGUUACAAUGAUGCAUUUUCUGACUACAUUAGUCGCGCAAAAAUCAGGAUCAGAGCUAUGUCAAAUGUUGGUAUGGGAAUGACUGCCUCCAGAUCAAGAGAGGAUGGAUAUGAUACAAAGAAAGAAGAUAACGGCAAAGAUACAUUUUCAGAUUACAUUAAUCGUGCAAAGAUGAGGAUCAGGAAGACAUCAAGUAUUGGAAGCAGAAAGCUUAUCUCCUUCAAACGAGAGUAA